AUGAAAAGAAAUUGGGAAGGACCUUCUUCCUCUUACGGUCAAUCCGAUGGGGUACCAAUGGGUCAAACAGAUGAAUCAGGUUGGGUACAAGUAGCUUCACAUCCUUAUGCUCAAGCUUAUUCCUCGAUACCGAACCCUUUUCAACCUUCCCCUCUACACAACUCAACCACAUACGACCAGAAUCCAUCUUCAUCUUAUCAUGACAACGGUAACAUGCAUUCCCAUCAAGACAAGAAACCAAAAAUGAUGGAUGGCAUGGAAGGUUCUCCUCAAGGUAGAGAAGGGGAUAGUGAUGACAAUGAUGAGGACGAUGAAGAUGAUGACGAUGAUAACGAUGAUAGCGCAAAGGGUACUCCGGCUGGGAGAGGUAAAGGCGGUAAAGGAAAAGGUGAAAAGCCAAAAGUCAAAUUGACGAGAGGUUCAAGAGCUUGUAUCGCUUGUCGGAAGAUCAAAAUGAGAUGUAUACCGGACGAGACUUCUGGACCCGGUGCACCAUGCAAACGAUGCAAAUCAGGUGGUCACGAGUGCAUAUUCGAAGAGUCGAAUAGAGGCAAAAGGAGCACAAGGAAAAAUGAAGCAAUGGCAGCCAAAAUGGCUAAAUUUGAAGCGGCUCUUAAAGGUAUAGGGGCAGCAUUGAGUAAUCUUGAUCAGCCGGCCCUCAACUCCUUCUCAACGGCAUUACACUCUACUACAUCGGAUACCGAUGUGAUCAAGCUCAUCACCUCUCAUACUUCACCCUCUGCAGUCCCUACUUUAGCAGUCGCCAUGAAUCGACAGUCAUACAACCCAUCUGGUGAUUCUUUUUCAGGUGAAAUGAGAGGGGAAGAUUCGGCACAUGGACCCCAUCAUGCUCAACCACCUCUGUCACCCCGUCUUCAUUCUUUACCUGAUAACGUGCUUUCUCCACUGGGUCUUUUAGCAGAAGCAAGUUUACAAAAUACCGAUACAAGCAAGAAAUCAUCUUCUAAAUCAGGAUAUAACAACCAAAAUGGGAAAUCACUGCAUAGAGCGUCAGCUUUGAGCUUUGAUCCAAGAAGUAACCCUCCGCAGAGAAGCGGGAGUCCGAUGGGUCUUUCACCGGGAAGCUACAGACUAGCUACUAGCGAUAUAAGAGGUGGAAAUGGCGCUCCGGAAGAAGAAGAUCAUCUUUAUGACGAAACAGGACAAGGAGUCGCUUCGCACAACUACUUCAAGCUGGGUAAUACAAUGAACCCGACUGCUGGACUAGGCGAUACUAGAUUACCUGAGCUCAUGACCAUAGUAUCGAGGGAAGAAAUAGGAGAGCUGUUCGAUAUCUUUUUUGAUAACAUGUCGUUUCAGGUGCCGUUAGUGUAUAGGGAGUUCCAUACUCCCGAUUUAGUGUUGCAAAGAAGUCAAUUCUUGUGUACAGUGCUCUGUGCCCUGGCGGCUAGAUACUACCAUAAAAGACCAGAACUCAAUGCUCAAUUGUCAGCUUAUGCUAAAAGAUUGGCGUUUGAGGUCCCUUCUAGAGGAUAUAAAUCCGUCGAGGUUGUUCAAGCAUACUUACUGCUUUCACUUUGGACUUUAGGGCCAGAAAAGACUUUUGAACAGGACAGAACAUGGUUAAUGCUUGGUAUGGCAAUCAGGAUGGCAACCGAUUUGAAUUUACAUAGGAAAAGUAUCGUUUCUGGACUGGAUACUGAGGAGGGAAAAGCUAGGGAUCUUGAGAUAAUCAAUCGAGAAAGAUGCUGGUUACACUGCUUCGUCCUUGAUCGAUCUCUUUCUGCUCAGAUGGGGAAACCAUAUACGCUUCGAGAAGACUACAUCAUUCGAAAUGCUUGUGAAGCAUCAUGGCAUCAGCAACGGUUCUCGCUUCGUUCAGAUAGAGGUUUAUCGGCAUAUGUCGUUUUGCAGCAGAUCAUGAGUAGAGCAAUAGAUUCAAUAUAUAGUAGUACCUCAACUGUCAGUGGAUUAAGACAUGAUUGCGAUUAUAUGUUGAUUGUCAGAUCGGCUCAUGAGGAACUAAGAAGAUGGUUGACAGAGUGGAACAGACCCGAACAAUAUGUAGGAAUGGCCGGUGUCCCGGAUGGAAAAGCAGAAUACGACUACAGUUCGAGAGGUCAAUUUUAUUUCGCUUAUUCAAGUCUGGUAUUAUACUCGUUCGGAUUAGAAAAUGCCUUAGAGAGAGCUAAAAUGGAUAUAUCCUUCUUCUUGACUAAUGUGUACGAAGCUGCUACGCGAGUCUGUACGGUCGUCAAAGAGGAGUUCCUUCCUAAAGGCUAUCUACCCUAUUUGCCUGAUUCAAAUUUUGUCAUGUGCAGUUAUGCGCUCUUGUCCCUCUUGAAAUUGCUCAAACCUGAUCUUCGACCCUAUCAUGAUUCGGAAGAAGCGAUAUUUAAGCUUGUGUCUGAAAUGGCGGAUAUUUUGGAAGAUUGCGCUGUUGACCCUUCUCAUCAACCUGCUAUUUACGCUGCCUUCAUUCGCGAGAUCGUCCGAAAGACAAGGGAGUUGCGACAUGGCCACGGGAUUAUAACAGCUCCUACCUCACCUGGAACUCUCCUAUCUCAGCAGAUCCAUGGAACGAUGGCUACUGGACAUCCAAUCGCUAUAGCUCCAGUAGCAGGUUCAGUCGGGACAGAUCACUCGACAGCUGUCGCUACUGCUGUCGCUGCAGCAGCAGCUGCUCAAGCUCAAUCUCAAGGUGUAUAUGAUCCUCAACUAAUGGAUCAAACUGCAAAUUGGCAACCUGGGGAAAUGUUACCUGGACAUUCAGGCGAAACACAAUUCACAUAUAUCCCUCAAGGCGGAGAUAUGAUGAUAUUACCAUCUCAAGCAGGCCCAUCAGUAGCACCUUCACCGACAGCUGCGUUCCUUUCAAAUCCGAUAUCAUCCGCUAACAAUAUGCAAAAUCCACAACACAACAAUUAUGUCACGACUCCAACUGCUUCGAAUGGAUGGGCAGAAUACCUACCCACAUUCAUGGGCUCAGAUGGUUUUGACGGGUGGGACGGUAGCAUGCUCUUACCUGGUUUCGGUCGAAAUCAAAUUACUUUAGCAGGCGGUCUAUUACAUAGUCAGUAUGGAAGUGGAAUCAUAACACCCGCGCAUGUCACUCCCACUCACAGUAGGAUGGGAUCAAGAUCUGGAAGUAGAGCACAAACCCCGCAUCAUGGGUCUCAGAAUUGA